AUGAUUGUUGAAAAAGACUACAACCAGUUUCAGUUAUCACGCUCUCAGAUUGCAGCACGGCAGGCAGUUUCGAAGGACUUGCCUACAUUUUCCGGCAAUCCGGAAGAAUGGCCGAUCUUCUUAUCCAUGUUUAAUAGCACGACAGCUAUGUGUGGAUUCACGGAAGAAGAGAAUCUAGUUCGGCUGCAAAGAAGUUUGAAGGGGAAAGCCUACGAGGCUGUUAAAUGCAGACUAAUGCAUCCCGGAAACGUUCAAGGAGUUAUGGACACACUGAGAAUGUUGUACGGUCAACCAGAAGUCAUCGUUCACUCGCUGAUUGGGAAAAUAAGUUCGCUACCGGCGAUUCGAGAAGAUCAACUGGAAACGCUAGUAGAUUUCGCAGUGAGCGUGCAGAACUUUUGUGCGACAGUCGAAUCAUGUGGUUUGGAGGAAUAUAUGUACAAUGUUGCUUUGUUACAUCAGUUAGUCAGUAAACUACCACCAUCGCUCAAGCUUAACUGGGCUCAACAUCGGAAGACGUUUCUCACGGUCAACCUGGUGACCUUCAGUGAAUGGGUGUUUACCCUUGCAGAAGCAGCAAGCUCCGUAACGUUUCCCACUGUAUCGUUGGAAACAAAACCCAGCCGCAACGAUACUCGGCGGAACAAGAAAGGAGACAGUUAUCUCAAUACGCACACUGAGACUCCACAUGACAUGAAUUCUCAUACGUCCCCGAAAACGGCAGUACUUUCCACAUCAGCACCAAAUAAGGAGACUUGUCGAGUGUGCAAAGGGAACUGCAAAUCUCCGGACAAGUGCAAGCGCUUUCUAGAGUUCUCCAGAGAUUCCAGAUGGGCGAUAGUCAGGGAGUUUGGACUUUGCCGCACGUGCCUUCGCCAACACAAAGGAAACUGCAAAGCCAAACCAUGCGGCAAAGAUGGGUGCACAUACCGACAUCACGAACUGCUACACAACGACCAAAAGACCCAAACAUCGACCGGGAACCAAGAAUUACUCCAAGCUAGUACCUCUAGACAUAGCUGCAACACACAUCAGACUACAUCAAGCUCUGUGUUAUUCCGUUAUCUCCCGGUAGUGUUGUCAGGUCCUGGGAAGGAGGUACAUACUUAUGCCUUUUUGGACGAAGGCUCCGCACUGACGCUCCUGGAUCAAGAGCUCGCUGACGAACUGAAGCUAGAUGGAACCACUAGUCCACUUUGUCUGCGCUGGACUGGAGGAACACAACGUCAUGAGAAGAAUUCCAGUAUAGUCAAGCUUCACGUUGCUGCACGACAUCACGAAGCCAGAAAGUUUUCCUUAGAGGAUGUGCGAACGGUGAGCCAGUUGAUGCUACCACGUCAAACCUUGAACCUUGAUGAACUUAGGCGUCUGUAUCCUCACCUGAAAGGACUGCCGAUCGAGUCAUACCAAGACGCUCGUCCACGCAUCCUAAUUGGAAUGAAGCAUGCACAGCUGGGACUUUCUCUAAAGAGCCGCGAAGGAAAACUGGGUCAACCGAUCGCGAUGAAGACACGACUAGGGUGGACAGUCUGUGGGGGAUUGUGUAAUGAGGAGACUCCUAAUAUGUUUCAUUAUACGUUUCAUGUACAUUCGGACAAUGAUGGAUCUGACGAAGAUCUACAUCGAGCUGUGAAGGAGUAUUUUUCCAUCGACAGCAUUGGAGUUUGUAAGCCAGCUAAGUUACUCCUAUCGUUUGAAGAUGAGCGAGCUAGGUCUCUCUUAGAGUCCCGUACGCGUUUUAACGGCGAACGGUAUGAAACAGGCUUACUUUUUCGAUACGAUGAUUUCCGUCUACCCGAUAGCCGAGAAAUGGCGCUACGUCGGCAUCGAUCUCUGGAGAAACGCAUGGCGAAAGAUCAACGGCUGGCGGAAGUUCUACAGAAGAAAAUUGCAGACUAUACUACAAAAGGUUAUAUCCACAAGUUAUCCAACGAUGAAGUCAAACAACAUUGCAGCGAAACCUGGUUCCUGCCAGUAUUCCCAGUCACCAAUCCAAACAAACCCGAAAAAGUGAGAAUAGUGUGGGACGCAACUGCAAAAGUUCAUGGGAAGUCACUGAAUUCCGUUCUACUAAAGGGGCCCGAUUUGCUCUCCUCUCUGUUCGAAAUUCUACUCCGUUUUCGCAUUCAUCCUGUUGCAGUAACUGCAGACAUCCGCGAAAUGUUUCAUCAAGUGUUGAUACGUGAAGAAGACCAACGAUACCAAUGCUUCUUUUGGACGGAUGAACAGGGGAAUCUAGCAGUAUACAAAAUGAAAGUAAUGACAUUUGGGGCAUGCUGUUCUCCGAGUAGCGCUCAAUACGUGAAGAACAUAAAUGCAGAACGGUUCAAGAGUGAAUACCCGGCGGCAUACGAGGCCAUCACGAAAUCACACUACGUCGAUGACCUGUUAAUCAGUGUUGCUUCUGAGGACGAAGCCAUACAGAUAGCGAAGGAUGUUAGGCACGUGCAUGCACAAAGCGGGUUCGAGAUUCGAAACUGGAUCAGCAACUCCAGACGGGUAAUGUCAGCACUACAAGAAGUAAACAUGGAGGAGAAAUGUCUUGACCUAUCAUCAGAACUGUCUACAGAGAAGGUCCUAGGUAUGUGGUGGAAUACAACGUCUGACGCAUUCACGUACAAAAUCGGUUGGACUCGUUUUGACGGAGCUCUGUUAAAUGGUCAAAGACGACCUACAAAGCGCGAGGUUCUACGGAUUCUCAUGUCUAUAUUCGAUCCACUUGGACUGAUUGCUCACUUUCUAGCGUACUUGAAAGCCUUACUGCAGGAUAUUUGGCGAUCCCGUAUAGGCUGGGACGAGGAAAUAGAGGAUAAUGCAUUCGCGGAUUGGAUCACUUGGUUGAAAGUUUUGCCAAAAGUCGAGAACGUUCAGAUCGCUCGAUGCUUCAGCGUCAGAUAUCCAUUCACCGAAGCCGAUGAAGUACAACUACAUACUUUUGUAGACGCUGGGAAAAAUGGAAUGGCAACUGUAUGUUUUCUUCGCUUUGUCAAAGAGGGAAAAAUCUACUGUUCACUCGUUACUUCUAAGACCAGGGUUGCACCAUUAAAGCUGACCUCGAUCCCUCGAAUGGAGUUGCAAGCAGCAAUUAUAGGGACACGUCUCGCUCGAACGGUUGUUGAAACGCUUCGUAUACGCAUCACGAAUAAGUUCUAUUGGUCGGACUCAAGAGAUGUUUUGUGUUGGAUCAACUCCGACCAUAGACGAUACACGCAAUUUGUUGGAUUCAGAGUAACGGAGAUCUUGGAAGCUACAGAAGCACACGAAUGGCGAUAUGUACCAAGCAAGCUGAACGUUGCUGAUGAUGGCACGAAGUGGGAUGCGAAACCUGAUUUGUCCCUGGAGAGUAGGUGGUUUAAUGGACCUGACUUCCUAUGGACGGCUGAAGACAUGUGGCCUAAGUCAAACAUCAGAAGCAAAUCCACAGACGCUGAACUCGUAGCAAGCCUUGCUGUUCACCUCAAAUUCUUGGAACCAGUUGUCUGCGUCGAAGACUUUUCGGACUGGGAGCGAUUGAGAAAUAUAAUUGCAUGGGUACUGCGGUUCCCAACAAAUUGCCGAUUCAAAAAACGGCAACAGCCAACAAUCAGAGGCCCUCUCGUCGAAAGUGAACUACGCGCCGCUGAAGCAUACUUGAUCCGUCUCGCGCAGCAAGAAUGUUUCCCCGAGGAGUUCUCCAUCCUACAAAACUCAUCACAAAAUGGAGGGAGCAUAACGACGCUUCCGAGAUCAAGUUCGUUGUAUAAAAUGACUCCAUGGCUGGAUGAACGCGGUAUUAUCCGAAUGAGAACCCGUAUCGCAGCCUGCCAAUACGCUACUGAAGACGCGAAGAAACCCAUUAUUCUACCACGCAAACACCACGUCACUACCCUUAUAAUAUCGCAUUACCACAAUAAAUACCACCAUCAAAACCACGAAACGGUGAUAAACGAAUUACGACAGAAAUACCAAAUCGGUCGCAUACGCUCGUGCUUUAACCAAUCACGCAAAAAUUGCCAAAGAUGCAAGGUCGAACAUGCAAUACCAAACCCUCCACUAAUGGCAGAUCUACCUCCUGGACGUCUAGCAGCAUUCUCGCGUCCAUUCACGCACACGGGAAUCGAUUACUUCGGUCCAAUUGAAGUUGUGAUUGGUAGGAGAGUUGAGAAACGCUGGGGUGUACUAGCCACCUGUUUGACCGUUAGGGCGAUACAUAUUGAAGUGGUUCACUCCCUGACCACUAGUUCCUGCAUCAUGGCAAUCCGCAAUUUCGUCGCCCGACGUGGUCAACCCCGAAAAUUCUACAGCGACCGGGGAACCAAUUUCGUCGGAGCGGACCGCGAACUAAAGAAAAAUGAAAAGUUAAUCGAUCAUGACGAGAUCAUGAAAGAAUUCAAUAGCUCUGAAACUGAUUGGGUGUUUAACCCACCACUUGCACCGCACAUGGGGGGAAGCUGGGAGCGGCUAAUUCGUACAGUGAAGAACAACCUGAUGGCCGUCUGCACAACGAAGAAACCGACUGAUGAAGUCCUUCGAAACACCUUAAUCGAGAUAGAAAACGUAGUCAAUUCCCGACCACUAACUCACGUACCGACAGAUGACGACUCUGCUCCUGCGCUCACGCCGAACCAUUUCCUUCUCGGUUCAUCCAACGGGAGCAAGCCACUUGUCACCAACAAUGAUUGUGGUCUCAUCCUGAAGCAGAACUGGUGUACCUCGCAAAUCCUGGCUAAUCUCUUUUGGAGGCGGUGGCUUACCGAUUAUUUGCCUGAAGUUACUCGUCGAUCCAAAUGGUUCCAGUCUGUGAAGCCCAUCGCCACGGGUAAUAUCGUGAUCAUCGUUGACCCCAAGAUGCCUCGAAGCUGCUGGCCGAGAGGAAGAGUCAUCAAUACAAAUCCUGGAAGGGACGGACAAGUCCGGUCUGCGACCGUACAAACUGCCACUGGUAUCUACGAACGGCCGGUCGCCAAGUUAGCGGUGCUAGAUGUUCAGCGCGUCGAGUCGUAA